AUCUUGUGACCCGGCGGGAAGCGCUGCUGCUGUGACAGUGAGCCCUGUGACCUGGCCUGGCCCCGCCCCCGGCUGAUGACGCAUUUCCGGGGGGCACCGGCUGCGCGCUCCCGUUCUCAUGCCCGGUACCGGCGCUGCGGCCCGGGGGAAAGGGAGGGGUCACCAGGGGAUGAGCGACGUACAACCGGGAGACGGUGGCCCCCAAUAACAGCCGCGCCGGUCACAUGACACGCCCACUUCCGGCGCCGGCCCGUCACCAUGGAGACCGGAGAGUUUACACUCAGAGUCUGAGAGAGGAGCGCUGACAUGGGCGGCGAGAGCAGUGACGUGCGGGUCUUUGUCCGGUUCAGGCCAACCGCUCAUUUUGCUGAAGAGAUUAUCAGACCUGGGGAGGACAGCAAGACCAUUGACAUUCUCCUCAAGAAGGAUGAGAAGCUUGGGGUCGUCAAUAACAAGCGAUACGAUUGGUCAUUCCAAGUGGACGGGAUUCUCCAGAAUGCGUCGCAGGAAGCGGUCUACGACUCUGUGGCGAGGUCCGUUGUGUCCCGAGCGUUGCAGGGCUACAAUGGUACAAUAAUGUGCUACGGGCAGACGGGAGCCGGGAAGACCCAUACGAUCACCGGGACAACGGAAAACUACAAGCAACGAGGAAUCAUCCCACGGGCCCUACAGCAGGUCUACAGAGAGAUUGAAGAGCAGAGCGACAGCUCCGUUACUGUGAGGAUCUCUUACCUGGAGAUCUACAACGAGACGCUGUUUGAUCUUCUGUCCACCUUGCCUGAUGUCCAUGUCUCGGGCGCCCAAAUGAGUAUCAUCGACGAUGUCCAGGGAGUGUUCGUCAAAGGCUUAUCCGUCCACCACGCCGCCAGCGAGGAACACGGCCUAAACCUGCUGUUUGAGGGGGAAACCAACCGUAUCAUAGGAUCGCACAUCUUGAAUAAAACUUCGUCCAGGUCCCACUGUAUCUUUACCAUCCAUUUGGAGUCUCAUUCUAGAAUUUUGUCCAAUGCAAAAUACACAGUGUCAAAAAUUAACCUGGUGGAUCUGGCUGGCUCGGAGAGACUGGGCAAAACUGGGUCUGAAGGGCAAGUCCUGAGAGAGGCCACCUACAUAAACAAGUCAUUGUCCUUCCUGGAGCAAGUCAUCAUCGCACUGGCCGACCAGCGAGAUCACGUUCCCUUCCGGCAGAGCAAACUCACUUACGCCCUUAAGGACUCACUAGGAGGAAACUGCAACACUGUUCUUGUGGCAAACGUGUACGGUGAGGCGGCGCAGAUUGACGAGACGCUGUCAACGCUGCGAUUUGCCAGCAGGAUGAAAUGUAUUCCGGCUGCGUCGGCUGUGAUUGAGCGCUACGACCCGGUGCGAAUGACUAAGAAUCUGCAGCGAGAGAUUGAUCACCUGAGGCGGGAGCUGUCGCUCCGGGACUCCCUGGCCAAGCAUGCGCACGUUACGUAUGAACCUUUCAGCGCCAACCAGAUCGCGGAGAUUAACUCACAGGUCCAAAGAUACCUGGACGGAACGCUGGAGGAGAUUGAUAUCAUAAACCUCAGGCAGAUCCAGGAAAUCUUCUCCCAGUUUAAGCUGAUAGUGAGCCGCCAGGAGCGGGAGGUGGAGGCCAGACUGAGGCAGAAAUACACGCUGAUAGAUAAGAGCGACUAUGCCGCCAUCUCAGCGGUGCAGAAGGCAGGUCUGGCGGAUGUAGAGAUCCAGCUGGUGGGAGACGUGGACGGGAGCAGCUUUGGCGUUGGAAUUGCGGCACUAUCUGCUAAGCCAAGCCGCAAUCUGUCUGCCAGAAAGUCCAAGGGGCGCAAGGGGAAGGAUCUGUCCAGCCCCACCAGUAGGAGAGAAGCCGCCGUGAGUCCGGCCCUGGAGCUGGAAUCUGCUUCACCAGGAAGAACUGUGAUGUCCACGUCCCUCCGGGAGCUGGAUGUGAAGGAGGCGGCAGGGAAAGAGCAUCAGGAAUCUCACGCUUCUGACACUCAGCGCUCUGAGCCCCCGGGGAGAGAGGAGAGGAGCCGCCCCGGAUCUCCUCCCCCCAAAUCGUCAGCGUUUGAAGACUUUAAAACAGACAGAGGGAGCGAAUUAAAUAGAAUAUUUAAGGAGAACAAAUCCAUCCUGACCGACAGAAGGGGGAGACUGAAGGAGAUCACUCAGCGGAUAAAUAUCAUCAAAAAAGAAAUAGAUACAACAUCCCGAAACCUGAAUGUGACCAAGCUGGAGCGGGAGAAGCAAGGUGAAUACAUCGAUGGGCAAGGCCAGGUGAUCAUCGAUGAACAGGAGUUCAUGCUGAUCGUCCGGCUCAAGGACCUGAAGAAGCAAUACCGGGCAGACUACGAUGAGCUGCAGGACCUGAAGGCGGAGGUGCAGUACUGCCAGAAGCUGGUGGAUCAGUGCCGCCAGCGACUACUCACAGAGUUUGAAGUUUGGUAUAACGAGUCCUUUCUCAUCCCGGAGGAUGUGCAGAAUUCUGUGACACUUGGCGGCAGUCUAAGACCUGGAAUGAUUCCAGUUAAUAAGCUUUUGUCACUGGGUGAAGAUUACCAGGAGAGGUACGACAAACUUCAGCAGGAGCUGUUAAUGGGGAUUCCGGACGCUCUCCCUUUCCACAGCGCCAGAAUCCGCUCCGAUCAGAAGUUUUCACAAAAGCUUUUCUGUCAUCAAACUGGGGGUUUAUUCCUGUUGCCGUUGGAUAUGACUCUGAACUGCUCUGUCUAUAGAUUAGUAUCUAAUGCACAGAGAAGAGUGGAGUGCACAAUUACAGCCGCGCCAUGGCUCAUCUCCCCUCGGCCAAGAAGAAAGCCGGGGUGAUAACCAUCAGUGUGAAGAACAAGCCGCCCUCCAUGCUCACAACUGUGUAACUCCACCGACCCUCCACUAGGGGGCACUCCACAGGACCAUCCGUCUGGGCAUUACAAUAAAGUAUUUCAAAGUUUCACAACAGUCUUCGCUGUAAAUGACCUUUGUCUACAGUUAUUGUUAUUUUUACACUUUAAUAAAGACAAGUACAAAACA